AGAAAAUAAAACCCAUAAAUACGCGGUUUGGGUGCUUCCAAUUCACGCAGAGAAUAGGGGGUACGCUGUAGCAGUGCUUCCUUUUCACGCAGGGAAAAGAACGGGAGAGAGUUCCUAUAUAAACGACACAAUAAGGUUUAAGAAAAUCAUAAAAGGCUUUGUGAUCAUAGCUCUGGUUUUACUGCUUUCGGUAUCAAAACAGAAGAGACUUCAGUAUCAUUAAUUGCAUCAAUGGCUGAUCAGAAACCGCAACCAGUUGUGAGCUUCAAGCUCGUACUCGUGGGCGAUGGUGGGACCGGGAAAACCACCUUUGUGAAAAGGCACAUUAACGGCGAGUUUGAGAAGAAAUACAUACCUACGAUUGGUGUGGAAGUCCAUCCAUUGGACUUUGACACCAGCCGCGGUAAGGUCCGGUUCAACUGCUGGGACACGGCUGGCCAAGAGAAAUUCGGCGGACUUAGGGAUGCAUACUACCUCCAAGCGCAGUGUGCUAUCAUCAUGUUCGACGUGACGUCACGGGGGACGUAUAAAAACGUCCCCACGUGGCACCGGGACCUGACCCGGGUCUGCGAAGGGAAUAUUCCCAUUGUGAUUUGCGGGAACAAGGUGGACGUGAAGAACCGUCAGGUGAAGGCUAAGGAUGUGAUGUACCAUCGGAAGAAGAAUCUCAUGUACUUUGAGAUAUCGGCCAAGAGUAACUACAACUUUGAGAAGCCUUUCCUUUAUAUCGCGCGGAAACUUGCGGGUGAUCCAAACUUAGCGUUUGUGGCGGAAACUGCUCUUCUUCCGCCGGAGGUGGAGAUUGACCGGGCUGCACUGGAACAAAAUGACCGUGAGAUUGCUGGAGUUGCUAAUGUGCCACUCCCCGACGACGGUGAUGAAUUCGACAUGGAUUAAUUAUUGAAGCUUACCAAUUAAGUGUGGAAGUGGAAGUUCCCAUUGUUAAGAUAUUCCUUUUGCUAAUUAAUUAGAAUUAGGUAUCCAGUUGAUCAAUUUUUAUGACACUUGCAAGAUACAAAUAUAGUAGUGUUUUGCUCUCAUAGACAGCUGUCAAUGUUUUUAUAGCAUUAGUGGGGGGAAAAAAUUGGAGAAGUUUCCUCAAUGAAUAUGUCGGAGUUUUCUGAGCUACUUUUGAUAUCUUUCUUUGUCGAUGAUGGAUUGAAAAUAUCAUCAUUACGUAUUUACGUUUAUAUAUGUACGUAGCAUCAUUUAUAUAUUAAGUAAGUUUUUUUGGG